AUGGACGUGGACAUGGACGUGGACAUGGACAUGGACGUGGACAUGGAAGUGGACGUGGACGUGGACAUAGAGGUGGUCGUGGUCGUGGACGUGGACAUGGUCGUGGACGUGGACAUGGACGUGGACAUGGUCGUGGACGUGGACAUGGACGUGGACAUGGUCGUGGACAUGGACGUGGACGUGGACGUGAACGUCGACAUGGACGUGGACAUGGACGUGGACAUGGACGUAGACGUGGACAUGGACGUGGACAUGGACGUGGACGUGGACAUGGACAUGGACGUGGACAUGGACGUGGACAUGGACGUGGACGUGGACGUGGACGUGGACGUGGACAUGGAUAUGGACGUGGACAUGGACGUGGACAUGGACAUGGACAUGGACAUGGACGUGGACAUGGACGUGGACAUGGACGUGGACAUGGACGUGGACAUGGACGUGGACAUGGACGUGGACAUGGACGUGGACAUGGACGUGGACAUGGACGUGGACAUGGACGUGGACGUGGACGUGGACGUGGACGUGGACAUGGACGUGGACAUGGACGUGGACGUGGACGUGGACGUGGACGUGGACAUGGACGUGGACGUGGACAUGGAGGUGGACGUGGACGUGGACGUGGACAUGGACGUGGACGUGGACAUGGACGUGGACAUGGACGUGGACAUGGACGUGGACGUGGACGUGGACAUGGACAUGGACAUGGACAUGGACGUGGACAUGGACGUGGACAUGGACGUGGACAUGGACGUGGACAUGGACGUGGACAUGGACGUGGACAUGGACGUGGACAUGGACGUGGACAUGGACGUGGACAUGGACGUGGACGUGGACGUGGACAUGGACGUGGACGUGGACAUGGACGUGGACAUGGACGUGGACAUGGACGUGGACGUGGACGUGGACAUGGACGUGGACGUGGACAUGGACAUGGACAUGGACGUGGACAUGGACAUGGACGUGGACAUGGACGUGGACAUGGACGUGGACAUGGACAUGGACAUGGACGUGGACGUGGACGUGGACGUGGACGUGGACGUGGACAUGGACAUGGACGUGGACAUGGACAUGGACAUGGACAUGGACAUGGAUAUGGACGUGGACAUGGACGUGGACAUGGACGUGGACAUGGACGUGGACGUGGACAUGGACGUGGACGUGGACGUGGACAUGGACGUGGACGUGGACAUGGACGUGGACAUGGACGUGGACGUGGACGUGGACAUGGACGUGGACGUGGACGUGGACAUGGACGUGGACGUGGACAUGGACGUGGACAUGGACGUGGACAUGGACGUGGACAUGGACAUGGACGUGGACAUGGACGUGGACGUGGACGUGGACGUGGACAUAGAGGUGGUCGUGGUCGUGGAUGUGGACAUGGUCGUGGACGUGGACAUGGACGUGGACAUGGUCGUGGACGUGGACAUGGACGUGGACAUGGUCGUGGACAUGGACGUGGACGUGGACGUGAACAUGGACAUGGACGUGGACAUGGACGUGGACGUGGACGUGGACGUGGACAUGGACGUGGACAUGGACGUGGACGUGGACGUGGACUUGGACAUGGACGUGGACAUGGACGUGGACAUGGACGUGGACAUGGACGUGGACAUGGACGUGGACAUGGACGUGGACAUGGACGUGGACAUGGACGUGGACGUGGACGUGGACGUGGACAUGGACGUGGACAUGGACGUGGACAUGGACGUGGACAUGGACGUGGACAUGGACGUGGACAUGGACGUGGACAUGGACGUGGACAUGGACGUGGACAUGGACGUGGACAUGGACGUGGACAUGGACGUGGACAUGGACGUGGACGUGGACAUGGACGUGGACAUGGACGUGGACAUGGACGUGGACGUGGACGUGAACGUGGACAUGGACGUGGACAUGGACGUGGACAUGGACGUGGACGUGGACGUGGACGUGGACAUGGCGGACGUGGACAUGGACGUGGACAUGGACGUGGACAUGGACGUGGACAUGGACGUGGACAUGGACGUGGACAUGGACGUGGACAUGGACGUGGACAUGGACGUGGACAUGGACGUGGACAUGGACGUGGACAUGGACGUGGACAGGGACGUGGACAUGGACGUGGACGUGGACGUGGACAUGGACGUGGACGUGGACAUGGACGUGGACAUGGACGUGGACAUGGACGUGGACGUGGACGUGGACAUGGACGUGGACAUGGACAUGGACAUGGACGUGGACAUGGACAUGGACGUGGACAUGGACAUGGACAUGGACGUGGACAUGGACAUGGAUAUGGACGUGGACGUGGACGUGGACGUGGACGUGGACAUGGAUAUGGACGUGGACAUGGACGUGGACAUGGACAUGGACGUGGACAUGGACGUGGACAUGGACGUGGACAUGGACAUGGACGUGGACAUGGACGUGGACGUGGACGUGGACGUGGACGUGGACGUGGACAUGGACGUGGACGUGGACAUGGACGUGGACAUGGACGUGGACGUGGACAUGGACGUGGACGUGGACGUGGACAUGGACGUGGACAUGGACGUGGACAUGGACGUGGACAUGGACGUGGACAUGGACAUGGACGUGGACAUGGACGUGGAUGUGGACGUGGACGUGGACAUAGAGGUGGUCGUGGUCGUGGAUGUGGACAUGGUCGUGGACGUGGACAUGGACGUGGACAUGGUCGUGGACGUGGACAUGGACGUGGACAUGGUCGUGGACAUGGACGUGGACGUGGACGUGAACCUGGACAUGGACGUGGACAUGGACGUGGACAUGGACGUGGACGUGGACAUGGACGUGGACAUGGACGUGGACGUGGACGUGGACUUGGACAUGGACGUGGACAUGGACGUGGACAUGGACGUGGACAUGGACGUGGACAUGGACGUGGACAUGGACGUGGACAUGGACGUGGACAUGGACGUGGACAUGGACGUGGACGUGGACGUGGACGUGGACAUGGACGUGGACAUGGACGUGGACAUGGACGUGGACAUGGACGUGGACAUGGACGUGGACAUGGACGUGGACAUGGACGUGGACAUGGACGUGGACAUGGACGUGGACAUGGACGUGGACAUGGACGUGGACAUGGACGUGGACGUGGACGUGGACGUGGACGUGGACCUGGACGUGGACGUGGACGUGGACAUGGACGUGGACGUGGACGUGGACGUGGACGUGGACAUGGACGUGGACAUGGACGUGGACAUGGACGUGGACGUGGACAUGGACAUGGACGUGGACAUGGACGUGGACAUGGACGUGGACGUGGACGUGGACGUGGACAUGGACGUGGACAUGGACGUGGACAUGGACGUGGACAUGGACGUGGACAUGGACGUGGACAUGGACGUGGACAUGGACGUGGACAUGGACGUGGACAUGGACGUGGACAUGGACGUGGACAUGGACGUGGACAUGGACGUGGACAUGGACGUGGACAUGGACGUGGACGUGGACGUGGACGUGGACGUGGACCUGGACGUGGACGUGGACGUGGACAUGGACGUGGACGUGGACGUGGACGUGGACGUGGACAUGGACGUGGACAUGGACGUGGACAUGGACGUGGACAUGGACGUGGACGUGGACGUGGACGUGGACAUGGACGUGGACAUGGACGUGGACAUGGACAUGGACAUGGACGUGGACAUGGACGUGGACAUGGACGUGGACAUGGACGUGGACAUGGACGUGGACAUGGACGUGGACAUGGACGUGGACAUGGACGUGGACAUGGACGUGGACGUGGACGUGGACAUGGACGUGGACAUGGACAUGGACGUGGACAUGGACGUGGACAUGGACGUGGACGUGGACAUGGACAUGGACGUGGACGUGGACGUGGACAUGGACAUGGACGUGGACAUGGACGUGGACAUGGACGUGGACAUGGACAUGGACAUGGACAUGGACGUGGACAUGGACGUGGACGUGGACAUAGAGGUGGUCGUGGUCGUGGACGUGGACAUGGUCGUGGACGUGGACAUGGACGUGGACAUGGUCGUGGACGUGGACAUGGACGUGGACAUGGUCGUGGACAUGGACAUGGACGUGGACGUGAACGUGGACAUGGACGUGGACAUGGACGUGGACAUGGACGUGGACAUGGACAUGGACGUGGACAUGGACGUGGACGUGGACGUGGACAUGGACGUGGACAUGGACGUGGACAUGGACGUGGACAUGGACGUGGACAUGGACGUGGACAUGGACGUGGACAUGGACGUGGACGUGGACGUGGACAUGGACAUGGACAUGGACGUGGACAUGGACGUGGACAUGGACGUGGACGUGGACGUGGACGUGGACAUGGACGUGGACAUGGACGUGGACAUGGACAUGGACGUGGACAUGGACGUGGACGUGGACGUGGACAUGGACGUGGACGUGGACAUGGACGUGGACAUGGACGUGGACGUGGACAUGGACGUGGACAUGGACGUGGACAUGGACGUGGACAUGGACGUGAACGUGGACAUGGACGUGGACAUGGACGUGGACGUGGACAUGGACGUGGACGUGGACAUGGACAUGGACGUGGACAUGGACGUGGACGUGGACGUGGACGUGGACAUGGACGUGGACAUGGACGUGGACAUGGACAUGGACAUGGACGUGGACAUGGACGUGGACAUGGACGUGGACAUGGACGUGGACAUGGACGUGGACAUGGACGUGGACAUGGACGUGGACAUGGACGUGGACAUGGACGUGGACAUGGACGUGGACAUGGACGUGGACGUGGACGUGGACAUGGACGUGGACAUGGACGUGGACAUGGACGUGGACAUGGACGUGGACGUGGACGUGGACAUGGACGUGGACGUGGACAUGGACAUGGACAUGGACGUGGACAUGGACAUGGACGUGGACAUGGACAUGGACAUGGACGUGGACGUGGACGUGGACGUGGACAUGGACAUGGACGUGGACAUGGACGUGGACAUGGACAUGGACAUGGACAUGGACGUGGACAUGGACGUGGACAUGGACGUGGACAUGGACGUGGACGUGGACAUGGACGUGGAAGUGGACGUGGACGUGGACGUGGACAUGGACGUGGACGUGGACAUGGACGUGGACAUGGACGUGGACGUGGACGUGGACAUGGACGUGGACGUGGACGUGGACAUGGACGUGGACGUGGACAUGGACGUGGACAUGGACAUGGACGUGGACAUGGACGUGGACGUGGACGUGGACGUGGACAUGGACGUGGACGUGGACGUGGAUGUGGACAUGGACGUGGACGUGGACAUGGACGUGGACAUGGUCGUGGACGUGGACAUGGACGUGGACAUGGACGUGGACAUGGACGUGGACGUGGACGUGGACGUGAACGUGGACAUGGACGUGGACAUGGACGUGGACAUGGACGUGGACGUGGACAUGGACGUGGACAUGGACGUGGACGUGGACGUGGACGUGGACAUGGACGUGGACAUGGACGUGGACAUGGACGUGGACAUGGACGUGGACAUGGACGUGGACAUGGACGUGGACAUGGACGUGGACGUGGACGUGGACGUGGACAUGGACGUGGACGUGGACAUGGACGUGGACAUGGACGUGGACAUGGACGUGGACAUGGACGUGGACAUGGACGUGGACAUGGACGUGGACAUGGACGUGGACAUGGACGUGGACAUGGACGUGGACAUGGACGUGGACAUGGACGUGGACGUGGACGUGGACGUGGACAUGGACGUGGACGUGGACGUGGACAUGGACGUGGACGUGGACGUGGACAUGGACGUGGACGUGGACAUGGACGUGGACAUGGACGUGGACAUGGACGUGGACGUGGACAUGGACAUGGACGUGGACAUGGACGUGGACGUGGACGUGGACAUGGACGUGGACAUGGACGUGGACAUGGACGUGGACAUGGACGUGGACAUGGACGUGGACAUGGACGUGGACAUGGACGUGGACAUGGACGUGGACAUGGACGUGGACAUGGACGUGGACGUGGACGUGGACAUGGACGUGGACGUGGACGUGGACAUGGACGUGGACGUGGACGUGGACGUGGACGUGGACGUGGACAUGGACGUGGACGUGGACAUGGACGUGGACGUGGACGUGGACAUGGACGUGGACGUGGACGUGGACAUGGACGUGGACGUGGACAUGGACGUGGACAUGGACGUGGACAUGGACGUGGACAUGGACAUGGACGUGGACAUGGACGUGGACGUGGACGUGGACAUGGAGGUGGUCGUGGACGUGGACGUGGACAUGGUCGUGGACGUGGACAUGGACGUGGACAUGGACGUGGACGUGGACAUGGACAUGGACAUGGACGUGGACAUGGACGUGGACGUGGACGUGAACGUGGACAUGGACGUGGACAUGGACGUGGACAUGGACGUGGACAUGGACGUGGACAUGGACAUGGACGUGGACAUGGACGUGGACGUGGACGUGGACGUGGACAUGGACGUGGACAUGGACGUGGACAUGGACGUGGACAUGGACGUGGACAUGGACGUGGACGUGGACGUGGACAUGGACGUGGACAUGGACGUGGACGUGGACAUGGACGUGGACAUGGACGUGGACAUGGACGUGGACAUGGACGUGGACAUGGACGUGGACAUGGACGUGGACAUGGACGUGGACAUGGACGUGGACAUGGACGUGGACAUGGACGUGGACAUGGACGUGGACAUGGACGUGGACAUGGACGUGGACAUGGACGUGGACAUGGACGUGGACAUGGACGUGGACAUGGACGUGGACAUGGACGUGGACAUGGACGUGGACGUGGACGUGGACGUGGACAUGGACGUGGACAUGGACGUGGACGUGGACGUGGACGUGGACGUGGACAUGGACAUGGACAUGGACAUGGACGUGGACGUGGACGUGGACGUGGACGUGGACAUGGACGUGGACGUGGACAUGGACGUGGACAUGGACGUGGACAUGGACGUGGACAUGGACAUGGACGUGGACGUGGACGUGGACGUGGACAUGGAGGUGGACGUGGACGUGGACGUGGACGUGGACAUGGACGUGGACGUGGACAUGGACGUGGACAUGGACGUGGACAUGGACGUGGACAUGGACAUGGACGUGGACGUGGACGUGGACAUGGACGUGGACAUGGACGUGGACAUGGACGUGGACAUGGACAUGGACAUGGACGUGGACAUGGACAUGGACGUGGACAUGGACGUGGACGUGGACGUGGACAUGGACGUGGACGUGGACGUGGACAUGGACGUGGACGUGGACGUGGACAUGGACAUGGACGUGGACGUGGACGUGGACAUGGACGUGGACAUGGACGUGGACGUGGACGUGGACAUGGACGUGGACGUGGACAUGGACGUGGACGUGGACAUGGACGUGGACAUGGACGUGGACGUGGACGUGGACAUGGACGUGGACGUGGACAUGGACGUGGACAUGGACGUGGACAUGGACGUGGACAUGGACGUGGACGUGGACAUGGACGUGGACAUGGUCAUGGACAUGGACAUGGACGUGGACAUGGACAUGGACGUGGACAUGGACGUGGACAUGGACAUGGACGUGGAUGUGGACAUGGACAUGGACGUGGACGUGGACGUGGACAUGGACGUGGACAUGGACGUGGACGUGGACAUGGACGUGGACAUGGACGUGGACGUGGACAUGGACGUGGACAUGGACGUGGACAUGGACGUGGACGUGGACGACGUGGACAUAGAGGUGGUCGUGGACGUGGACGUGGACAUGGUCGUGGACGUGGACAUGGACGUGGACAUGGACGUGGACGUGGACAUGGACGUGGACAUGGACGUGGACAUGGACGUGGACGUGGACGUGAACGUGGACAUGGACGUGGACAUGGACGUGGACAUGGACGUGGACAUGGACGUGGACAUGGACAUGGACGUGGACAUGGACGUGGACGUGGACGUGGACGUGGACAUGGACGUGGACAUGGACGUGGACAUGGACGUGGACAUGGACGUGGACAUGGACGUGGACAUGGACGUGGACAUGGACGUGGACGUGGACGUGGACAUGGACGUGGACGUGGACGUGGACGUGGAGAUGGACGUGGACAUGGACGUGGACAUGGACGUGGACAUGGACGUGGACAUGGACGUGGACAUGGACGUGGACAUGGACGUGGACAUGGACAUGGACGUGGACAUGGACGUGGACAUGGACGUGGACAUGGACGUGGACAUGGACGUGGACAUGGACGUGGACAUGGACGUGGACAUGGACGUGGACAUGGACGUGGACAUGGACGUGGACAUGGACGUGGACAUGGACGUGGACAUGGACGUGGACGUGGACGUGGACGUGGACGUGGACAUGGAUGUGGACGUGGACAUGGACAUGGACAUGGACGUGGACGUGGACGUGGACAUGGACGUGGACGUGGACGUGGACAUGGACGUGGACGUGGACAUGGACGUGGACAUGGACGUGGACAUGGACGUGGACAUGGACAUGGACGUGGACAUGGACGUGGACGUGGACGUGGACGUGGACAUGGAGGUGGACGUGGACGUGGACGUGGACGUGGACAUGGUUGUGGACGUGGACAUGGACGUGGACAUGGACGUGGACAUGGACGUGGACAUGGACGUGGACGUGGACGUGGACAUGGACGUGGACGUGGACGUGGACAUGGACGUGGACAUGGACGUGGACAUGGACGUGGACAUGGACAUGGACAUGGACAUGGACAUGGACAUGGACGUGGACAUGGACGUGGACGUGGACGUGGAUGUGGACAUGGACGUGGACGUGGACGUGGACAUGGACGUGGACGUGGACGUGGACAUGGACAUGGACGUGGACGUGGACGUGGACAUGGACGUGGACAUGGACGUGGACGUGGACGUGGACAUGGACGUGGACGUGGACAUGGACGUGGACGUGGACAUGGACGUGGACAUGGACGUGGACGUGGACGUGGACAUGGACGUGGACGUGGACGUGGACAUGGACGUGGACAUGGACGUGGACAUGGACGUGGACAUGGACGUGGACGUGGACGUGGACGUGGACAUGGACGUGGACGUGGACGUGGACGUGGACAUGGACGUGGACGUGGACGUGGACAUGGACGUGGACGUGGACAUGGACGUGGACAUGGACGUGGACAUGGACGUGGACAUGGACGUGGACAUGGACGUGGACAUGGACGUGGACAUGGACGUGGACAUGGACGUGGACAUGGACGUGGACGUGGACGUGGACGUGGACGUGGACAUGGACGUGGACAUGGACGUGGACAUGGACGUGGACGUGGACGUGGACGUGGACGUGGACAUGGACGUGGACAUGGACGUGGACAUGGACGUGGACAUGGACGUGGACAUGGACGUGGACGUGGACGUGGACAUGGACGUGGACGUGGAUGUGGACAUGGACGUGGACAUGGACGUGGACGUGGACAUGGACGUGGACGUGGACGUGGACAUGGACGUGGACAUGGACAUGGACAUGGACGUGGAUGUGGACGUGGACAUGGACGUGGACAUGGACGUGGACAUGGACGUGGACGUGGACGUGGACGUGGACAUGGACGUGGACAUGGACGUGGACAUGGACGUGGACAUGGACGUGGACAUGGACGUGGACGUGGACGUGGACGUGGACAUGGACGUGGACAUGGACGUGGACAUGGACGUGGACAUGGACGUGGACAUGGACGUGGACAUGGACGUGGACGUGGACGUGGACAUGGACGUGGACAUGGACGUGGACAUGGACGUGGACAUGGACGUGGACAUGGACGUGGACAUGGACGUGGACAUGGACGUGGACAUGGACGUGGACAUGGACGUGGACAUGGACGUGGACAUGGACGUGGACAUGGACGUGGACAUGGACGUGGACGUGGACGUGGACGUGGACGUGGACAUGGACGUGGACAUGGACGUGGACGUGGACAUGGACGUGGACGUGGACGUGGACGUGGACAUGGACGUGGACGUGGACGUGGACAUGGACGUGGACGUGGACGUGGACAUGGACAUGGACGUGGACGUGGACGUGGACAUGGACGUGGACAUGGACGUGGACGUGGACGUGGACAUGGACGUGGACGUGGACAUGGACGUGGACGUGGACAUGGACAUGGACGUGGACGUGGACGUGGACAUGGACAUGGACAUUUCGUGGACAUGGACGUGGACGUGGACGUGA